AUGGUAUCGUUUGAUAUUCCUUACAUGAUUGAUGGCAUUUCGAGCUCGAGUUACCACGGGAUGGGAGUCGUCGUGGAUGCUGAACAAGGUUUUGUGCUUGUGGAUCAAAACACCGUCCCUAUUGCGUUGGGCGACGUGUUGAUUACUAUUGCUGCUAGCGUGGAAGUCCCCGCUAAAGUGGUGUUUGUGCAUCCAGUUCACAAUUUUUCCAUUGUACAAUACGACCCUAAGACUCUGGGCGCUGUAGCAGGCCACAUUGGGAGUGUUGAGUUGGCUGAAAAACCGCUAGAAGUUGGUGAGACUGCUGACUAUAUUGGAUUGAGCAGCAACUGGACGGUGGUCACCAUGAAGUCUGUUGUAACGAAGCUAGAUCGGCUUGUCUUGAGGGAUUUCCAGCCCCCACGGUACAAAGCAGGCAACAUCGAGGUGCUGCACUUUGACCGUAUUACGAAGUCUGUGGGUGGCGUCUUCAUCGAUGACGUUGGCGCUGUGAAUGCUCUUUGGCUCUCGUUCAGCUACCAGGAUAAUGCUGGUCGUAAGGAAGUCUUCCGUGGUCUACCGGUUAGCAUCGUCCGACCCAUUGUUGAUGAACUUCGGGCGUCUCGUAUUCCCGAGUCUGUGAACAUUUUGCCGGCGCAAUUACUGACGUUCUCACUGUCAAAGGCACGCUCGGGUCUUGGACUAUCUGACGCAUGGAUCCAGAAACUCGAGUCUUGCUACGAGGAUAAGCGCCAGGUUCUCGGAAUCAAGCGUUGUGCUGCUGGCACAGACUGCGCCGAGAAACUCGAGAGCGGCGACUUACUCUUAGCAAUUGACGGCCAGGUUGUGGUUCGGGACGCAGAUGUGGAGCGCGCUGUGGACGGAAAGACUGAAGUGACGACUUUGGUUGUGCGGGACCAGAAGGAGAUGGAGGUCUCGGUCCGCACUUCUCAGCUCUCGGCUAUGGGCACGGAUCGCGUAAUUGUCUGGUGUGGCCUAGUUAUCCAGAGCCCGCACUAUGCAGUGGCGAGUUUGGGUUACAUUCCUGAGGAAGGCGGCGGUGUGUACUGCUCGCGUUGGUGCUAUGGAUCCCCAGCGCACAAGUACGGUCUGCGUGCAACUAUUUGGCUCGUGGAAGUCAACGGCGAGCCGACACGCACUUUGGACGAUUUCUUGCGGGUGGUGGAGCGUCUGGGUAAUCGCGAAUCGGUGCGUCUGAAGACCAUUUCCAUCAAUACUAAGCCCAAGGUGUUCACGCUGAAGACAGACUACCACUAUUGGCCUACCGUCGAGUUGCGUCGAGAGGGAUGGGACUGGAAAUACGUGGAGCACCCUGUAGCCGCAUAG